ACUGAUUCCAGAUCAGUCGGUGACACUAAUGUACACUAUGGAAGAAGACCAGAAGGAACUCGAAGAGGUCACGGACUGCAAGCGCACCGACGCAGAGAAUUGAAAAGAUGGGAGACAGUGACGACGAGUAUGAUCGCAGAAGAAGGGACAAAUUCAGACGGGAAAGAAGUGACUAUGACCGUUCCAGGGAGAGAGAGGACAGGCACAGAGAUGAGUGGAAUGAUAGAGAGUGGGACAGAGGCAGGGAGCGGAGAAGCCGAGGAGAGUACCGGGAUUACGACCGAGGUCGAAGAGAGAGAUUCACCCCUCCCAGACAUGACAUGAGUCCCCAGCAGAAACGCAUGAGAAGAGACUGGGAUGACCACGGUGGUGAUCCCUACCGUGGUGGGUAUGACAUGGGAUAUGGAGGUGGAGGAGGGCCAAGUUAUGGCCCACCACAGCAAUGGGGCCACCCUGACCUGCACCUCAUGCAGCCGCAUCACGGCAUCCCCAUUCAAGCAAGGCUGGGGAAUAUCCAUGAAAUGGACUUGGGUCCACCCCCUCCAAUAAUGAAGACCUUUAAGGAGUUCCUGCUGUCGCUGGAUGACUCUGUGGAUGAGACUGAAGCGGUUAAGCGCUACAAUGAGUACAAGCUGGACUACCGCCGGCAACAGAUGCAGGAUUUCUUCUUGGCUCACAAAGAUGAGGAGUGGUUCAGGUCUAAGUACCACCCAGAUGAGGCCAGUCGGCUUAAGUUGGAGGGAUUGAGAGCCCUGAACAACCGUUUGAAUGUCUUCACGUUCCUGAUGGAGAACGCCUGGUUUGAAACCGUCUCUUUGGACAUCGAACAGACACCGGCCAUCAUUAAAGUCCUGGAUGCAGCUGUGAUAAAGAUGGAAGGAGGGACAGAUCAUGAUCUUCGCAUCUUGGAAUUGCCACUUGAGGAGCAGGAGGACAGGGAAAAGUCAGCACCUGGUGGAGCAGAAAAUCAAAAGAGUGACCGUCACAAGAACAUGGAUGGGGACUGCAAACCUUCAGCGGCCAAAGACAAGGAUGAAAAGAACGAGAGUGAUUCUGCCUCCAAUGAAAGGACCGUUGCAGGAGGCGGGGAUGAAACAGAGAAAGCGGUCGAGGAAGAAAAACCUGAACCCAAGAAGCCAAGGAGAAAGAGGAAGCGCAGCGCAGACAGCGAUGAUGAAGCCAGCGCCUCUGAGAGCGACUCUGACUCUGAAUCUGACUCCAACUCUGUCUGUUCUGAAAAAUCGGUGAAGAAGGAAGAGGCAGAAGAUAAGGAUGAGGGUGAGGAAGGUGGAGAUGAUAAACCGAAACCGAAUGCUGAAGAGGAGGAGAAAGUGGAGAAAAAGGUCAAGGAUGACACUCCUAGACCACGGCCUCUCCACAAGACGUGCUCUCUCUUCAUGAGGAGCAUUGCUCCGACCAUUUCCAAGGCUGAGAUUAUAGCUCUGUGUCGGAGGUACCCUGGCUUCCUGCGUGUUUGCUUGGCUGACCCUCAUCCAGAUCGCAGGUUUUACCGACGCUGCUGGGUAACAUUUGACCGCAGUGUCAAUAUCAAAGAAGUCUGCUGGAAUCUUCAGAACAUUCGUUUACGUGAUUGUGAGCUGGCACCAGGCGUCAACAGGGAUCUGGUUCGAAGGGUGCGUAAUGUGAACGGCAUCACUCAGCACAAGCAGAUACUGCGGAAUGACAUUAAGAUGGCCGCCAAGCUAAUCCACGCCCUGGAUGAGAAAGGAGAGCUGUGGUGCAGCCCAGCCCAGAAGGAGGGCCAUAGUGCAGAGAAGACUCAAAACCCCAUCUUGAAGAAUAUAACUGAUUACCUAAUCGAGGAGGUUAGCGCUGAGGAGGAGGAGCUCCUGGGCUCUACAGGUGGGGUGGAUCAAGAAGAGAACCCCAAGGAGGGUCACUCAGCAGAGAUGACUGUGGAGAAAGAUGAAAAGCUUGCCAAGGUGUUGGACCGCCUGAUCUUAUAUCUGCGCAUUGUGCAUUCCAUCGAUUACUACAAUGCUUGUGAAUACCCAAGUGAAGAUGAGAUGCCAAACCGCUGUGGAAUGAUCCACGUUCGCGGACCUGUGCCGCCAAACCGCAUUUCAAAUGGAGAAGUGCAACAAUGGCAGAAGGUGAUGGAGGACAAGCUGGGUUCUUUGUAUAGUUCCAAAGAAGUCCUGUCUGAGGAAGAGGCAGCCAAGAUGGGUCGCAAGGACCCCGCUGAGGAGGUGGAGAAGUUUGUUUCUGCCAACACGCAGGAGCUCGGAAAGGACAAGUGGCUUUGUCCACUUAGUGGCAAGAAGUUUAAGGGCCCAGAGUUUGUACGAAAACACAUCCUGAACAAACACGGGGACAAAAUUGAAGAGGUGAAAAAGGAGGUGGUGUUCUUCAAUAAUUUCUUGAUGGAUGCCAAGAGGCCAUCUCUGCCGGAAAUUAAACUUCCUCCUCUUCCAACUCCCGGUCAAGGUUUGCUUUCUCCUGCCAUGCCAUUCCCUCCUCAAGGUCCUCAGGGCCCAAUGGCCUUUGCACAGCCCCGCCCCCCACUGAUGGGCUAUGGUGGUGGACCCCCUUACCCACCUAACCAUUUUGGAGGCGGGCGAGGCAACUACGACAACUUCCGUGGACAAGGCGGAUACCUUGGAAAGCCACGCAACAUCAGAAUGUCACGUGGUGAUCCCAGAAACAUCAUUGAAUACCGGGAUUUGGAUGCACCAGAUGAUACGGACUUCUUUUAGAAGGUUCACUUGGCCCUGUCAGUUAUUUUUUUUUCUCAAAUGUAGGGUUUUUGUUAGUUUUUUUGCUUUGUAACUACUGUGUAUUACAUUGCAUGUACACCCAUUACUCAAUAAAGCUGUCAACCUAUAAUA